AUGCCAAAUUCCUCCCAAAAAGAAGAGAUUCUUCUCUCAAAUACCCUCGAAGCCUAUAAAUCAGGCCAAUUUUCUAGCAUUCAGGCCGCAGCCUCUCAUUUUGGCGUCUCAAAGUGGAAGCUUCGGAACCGAAAUGACGGCAGGACAAAUGGAAAAGGCCGUACAGCCACCCAAAAAGCCUUAGAUCCCUCACAAGAGGCCUCUCUUAUUCGCUGGGUUGAGCACCUUAAUUCAGUAUAUACACCACCGACUCCUUUAGAUAUUGAGGGUGCUGCAAAUCGCAUUUUAAAACAUUGCGGUUCCGACCGGGAAGUUAGUAAAAUGUAUGGCUACCGAUUUAUUAAACGCCGCCCACCACCACAUAUCACCCUCCAGACACGAAAACCGAUGGAAAAAGCGAGACUCGAAGCCGAAUUACACAGUGAAUUAAUUCAUUGGUAUGAGGUUUUCGACCAAUUCCUUCGUACGAAUAAAAUUCAAGCCCACGAGCUAUACAACUGGGAUGAAACUGGCUUUCAGCUAGGCAUUGGAGCAAAGGAAAACGUCGUUUCUACCCGCGAACAAGAGACUAUUGCAACCGGUGGUAUUGGCCAAAAUAUUACCGGCAUAGAAUGUAUUUCAGCCGAUGGUUGGGCUAUGCAUCCAUGGUUUUUAAUUCGCGGUUCUGAACAAAUGGAAGAUUGGUACGACGGCGACGAAAAUCCUUCUCAUUACCGAGUUAUUAAGCCAACAAUCAAGGGCUGGACAGACGAUAAAACUGCGAUUCAAUGGCUACUAGAUUUCCAUUAUGCUACUCGAAAACGAGUCGCUAAAUAUAGACCUAGGGUCUUGUUAAUGGAUAACCAUGGUUCCUAUGGAACCCCGGAAUUCGAACAUAUUUGCCAAACCCACAAUAUUAUACCUUGGUGGUUUAUUCCGAAAAUGACACAUCGAUGCCAGCCUCUUGAUAAUAAGUCAUUCUCAGUCCUUAAGCAGAAAUUCCGAAAGAAGAACAAUGAGAUUGUACGAUGGGGUGGAGAUGUUAGUGAUAAGCGACACUUCCUUCAGUUGAUUAAAUCAGUUCGCAAAGAUGCAUUUAAAGCGAAAACUAUUAAAUCAUCAUUCCGAGACACUGGUAUUUGA